GCGGCCGCGGUCACGUGACCUCGUGCUGCGGGGAAGAUGGCGAUAUUCAGUGUGUAUGUGGUGAACAAAGCGGGCGGUCUGAUCUACCAGUGCGAUAACUACGUGCCGAGGACGGAGGUGGAGAAGACGUUCAGCUUUCCUCUAGAUGUGGUCUUAAAGCUUCACGACGAGAAGGUCGUCGUGUCAUUCGGCCAGCGGGACGGAAUACGAGUGGGCCACGCUGUUCUCGCCAUCAACGGGGUGGACGUGAGCGGCCGGUGCACAGCAGAAGGGAAGGACAUCCUGGAGUACCUGCAGGAACCUUCACAUUACCCGCUGGCUAUACGCUUUGGCAGAGCGAGACUCACUUCCAAUGAGAAGCUGAUGUUGGCUUCAAUGUUCCACUCGCUGUUUGCCAUUGGUUCCCAACUGUCCCCUGAGGUAGGCAGUUCGGGUAUUGAAAUGCUGGAGACGGAUGUAUUUAAACUACACUGCUUUCAAACACUCACAGGUAUUAAGUUCAUUGUGCUGGCAGAUCCUCGACAGUCUGGCAUUGAUGCGCUCCUGAGAAAGAUCUAUGAAAUCUAUUCAGAUUUUGCCUUAAAGAAUCCUUUCUACUCUUUAGAGAUGCCUAUCAGAUGUGAACUCUUUGACCAAAAUCUGAAGAGUGCUCUAGAAGUAGCAGAGAAGGCCGGAACGUUUGGACCAGGCUCCUGAGCUGAACUCUGGAACAGGAACAUCACAACGUACCACAUAACUGACUUUUUUUCCUUCUUCUUUUUUGAUCAGCAAAGAACUGUAUAUAUGGAUUAUAGUUGCUGGUGUGUGAAUGAUCUGAACCAUCUAACCAAAAAAGGGUAGCUGCUUUUCAGGUGUGCUGCACCUUGUGUGAGUUAAUGAAGGCAGACAGGGAGAGGUACUAUCCUGCUUCCUUUGCUGCUUGUUGAAUAUUAGAUUUUGUUUUAUUGGCAUCAAGAAAAUAUUUAUUUAUUACAUUAAAUGAUAAACAUCAAUCUA